AUGGAUACAAAUAACCUCCGAAAAAGGCUAACGGCUGCCAAGGAACUGCUAGGCAUUCUGAAAAAUAACACCGUUUCCGGUCUUACCAGCACUUCUUUGGCCAGAUACCAAGACAAAUUGCGUCCGUUAUUCUCGGAUGAAUAUUAUCAACCACUCCAGGGCAUAAACGAGAAUGAUACAGAGGAUGUUUUCAUGCCGCGUGCCGCUGCGGUGUUGAAUCUUGUACUCCGGGCUCCUAUAUUGACUAUCACCAAUCUUUCGGUCCAACCAGGAGAACGACAUUUUGUAUUGUGGCUUCUUAUUUCAUCAUAUCUUCCAUUAAUAUCUGCCUGUAUUGCCCCAUUGGCCAAUUUAAUCUCUUUGGUUGGACUUGUGGAGCAUUGGCGGGUCAACGGACAAACCCACAGAAGUGUUCCGGACCAAACUCCGGUUUUCGCUUUGAAUAUUUUUUCCUUCGUCUUGGGCAUUGUUGGGAACAGCUCCUUGGUGAUCAAUUUUUCUGGAAAAAUGAGAUACAUUGUCACUCACAUUGUAUCGAUUACAUGCUGGGUCUGUGCCGCUCUGGUGCUUUUGGCUGCUGUUCUCAUAUCAAACAGAGAGUUUAAUGAGGACACAUUUUAUAAACGAUCAGAGGGUUUUUGGCUCGCAGCAUUGACCAUCUUCAUGUACUUCUGUUGUAUGAUGACCAUUUUGAUCAAUCUUAUUGGUUACAAGCUUCGAAAGUACCCUCCAACAUUCAACCUAGACAGGAAAGAGAGACGGUUGAUGAUUUUCACCAUCGCAUUCUCCGUCUGGGAAGGUGUCGGUACAUUGGUUAUGGCGCAUUUGAUUCCUGGUAUCAAUUAUGGCUCUUCGCUAUACUAUUGUACUGUAUCUGUGUUAACAAUUGGUUUGGGUGACAUCGUCCCCCGAUCUCAUGGAGCAAAGGUGUUCGCGCUCAUCUUCUCAUUCAUUGGUUUAAUCAUCAUGGGUCUUAUUGUAGCAAUGAUAAGACAAGUGGUGUCUUCUUCGGCUGGUCCGAGUGUUUUCUGGCAUUUGGUGGAAAAGAGGAGAGUAUUGCUCUUGAAGGAGCUUCGUGAAAGAAACGAGCCCAUGACCAGGGAGAAAUCAUUUCAUCUUAUGCGACUUCUCAGGAAAAGAGUUCGUAUCCAUCAGCUCAACAUGUCGCUUGCUCUUUCUUUCUUAACAUUCAUUGCCUUCUGGUUAAUCGGAGCCAUGGUGUUUCACUUUACCGAAAAAUGGAGUUACUUCAACGCGGUUUACUUUUGUUUUCUAUGCCUUGUGACAAUUGGCUACGGUGAUUACAAGCUUGAGACAAAUUUCGGCAAGGUUUUCUUUGUUGCAUGGGCUAUAACUGCAGUACCCAUGAUGACUAUUCUCAUUUCCAAUGUGUGUGAUACUCUUUUCGAAAGUGCGGGAAGGCUCCAUACGAUUAAAAAACGCAUAUUCGAUCCUAAAACAUACUACCUUUUGCUUACGCCAUCGUUCUAUUUUAGAAAAAUGCUGAGGGACAAUUUAGAAGUUGAGCUUGAAGAAGAGGAACAAAGAGAAGAAAUUGAAGAAAACGAAAUCCAGGCGCUCGUCGAAGAGAGCAGUGGAACGGCCAUAUCGGCAGCGCAACUUUCUGAAGAAGAGGUCGACCCUCUAACACCACGUCAAACGCUUGAGCAUUAUCAAAAGCGAUCAGAGCAGAUAUUGAAACGUUUUUCUGCAAUGCGUGAAGCCCUAUUAGAUAGCGUCAAUCUGCCCGACAAAAAGUAUGAUGCGAGAGAAUGGAAGGAAUUGUUGGAAGUUUUGGAACCAGAAGAUGGUGGUGACGUGGAUCCAUACUUCUGGUUGGGAAAGGACUCCCCGCUCCGGCUCCCAAUCAAAGAGCCCAACUUUGCAUUGCUCAAGAUUUUUUUCCGCGUGGAAUCUGACUUCAAGGGUUUGUUGGCAAUGCAGAAAGAAGAGCUUCGCCAACUAAACAAGAAGGUAGAUUCGUAA